CCUCACUUAUCGAAAAGAGUAGGGGAUCUUCCCGGUGUGAGUGGUUCGAAACCUUACAGUCCGGUCUUACGCAGCUUGUACAUGUACGCACAUGUAUACAAAACUGGUGUGUUACGCCUAAAGGCGGUUUACCGGUUAUGCGAAACAAACAAACAAACCAAGUGACCCUCUUCUCAGCGCCAUCGAUUAUUAUUGGCGAAAUUCUGUUUUUCAAUAAAACGAUAAGUAACUUACUAUAUACACGUAGAACUGUAAUUUGCAUGCAAAUAACACCUGUAUGCUUUGACUAUGACUAUUUGCCUUUUUAACUAGGAAUGUUAGUGGCAAUAAACACGGCGUACUUUGGCAUACUAGUACAUGUAAUAAGAUCAGUACGUAAAAAAACCGUCCGAACUUAGGGCACGUCCGAACUUGGGGCACCCCGUUUAUGUAUUUUAACAACUAUGGCCUGUAUUUUACCAGUAACGUUAAGUACUCCAAUUCAGCCUACAGGCUGUGACAUUUUAACUAACACGUCAAUAAAACAUUUACUACUAAAGUUGGCCUUGUAGUACAUUGUUACGUUUGAUACGCUGGUUGAUUAGUAUUAAAAGAGUGUAGACAUGAAAAAUACUACAGAGACUGACCACUGUUACCCCCAAGACUGGUCCAGAUUAGGAAAUGCUGCAAUAGUUAAAGUUAUCGAUAGAUGGCGCUUUCACACAGGCGCACCGCUGUCGUCUGCUACGGCGCAUGCGAAAUCUGUUCGUUGGCUGUUGCGUCGCCGAGACAGACGAACUCUGCACUUCUUGACGUUUGUAACGGCUCGUCUUGUAGUUACGAGAGAUUGAACAGAUUCUGUAGCUCCUAAAAGAUGAGUUUUCGUUAUUUAGUCCAUCCUGUGCUGUGGAGAUGCAUCCAGGCCACAGGCUUGUUUCCUCGUGUAGCAGCGCCACCUAUACGAUUGAGGCUGCAGUGCAGGUGUAUCUGCAGGACCUACUCAACUCAGAAACAGGACAACACCUUCAUACUUCACGAGACCCAAGAAACGGUGCACCACGGGUCAAAUUCAGACAUACAUGACCAGGAAAUCACUUCUACAACAACAGAUAAUAGCAAAGUAGCCACAAGUACGAACUUAGAAUCAAACCGUGACAUUGAAACAGAGACCAGUCCACAACAAGCACCAAGCUUACACGUUGAGAUAAAAAAGAAACCAUCAAGGACUCGGUUAGAUGCGACGUACUCCCCAGAAGACAGGGAGACUUUGCUGUCGGUACUUAACACAGCAUCAGUGGAACAGCUACAGCACACGGGGGCAGCGAAAGGUUUGACAGCGGACGCCAUCGUGACUCACCGUACGCUCAACGGACACUACCAGACACUCGGGAGCCUGCUGGAUGUGCAGGGAGUGGGAAGAACCACACUGAAGAAGAUAUGUGAGAGAAUCCUGAAUCCAACCUCGGAGUCAGACAACGAGUCAGGGCGAGGCCAGGUCAGCAGUAAGGCCAUCUACAAACCUCAACUCAGUCAGGACAGCUUACAGAGAGUGUGGAGUGUGUUGUCCAUUAAGGCUGGACUGAAGCACCUGUCCUGGGCUCACCUGUGUCGGGACGGGACCCUGCAUGACUGGGACACUCAGGAGGUGCCCUGCUUCCUGUCAGGACGUUUCCAGACGCACGAGUAUCUGGAAGCCGUAUCCGUGAUCCUCGCCACCUUACCCCCAGCAGACCUGUACUUGCUGGAGCAGCAGACGAUAAAGAACGACGCGAGUAUGGCUCCACUCAAGUUACACUUCCGCUCCGUGGAGGUCAUGCUGUACAGCCUCCUCAACCAGGACUUUCCUGACACAAGGGAACACAAAGUUGUCAGCAUGUCCUACGCAGCCAUUGGCAGGUAUUUUGGAGUGUAUGUGAGCGGGUCCAGGACCAGCGGACGGAACAUCAUUCACGACAUUGUCAAGGACUCACGGGAAUCUCUCAACCCUAGAAUCUCUAUUUCCCACGACAUGGCCUCGAGCUUUCUCAGUAGGAAAGACGGGAUUGUAAAAGAUUCUCUCUGUGACUGUCUCAUGCAGGCGUUAGCUUUUGUUGAAAUUGUUUUAGGUGAUAGUCAUACUGGCAUGAAAGGCAGCUGACAAUUGUACUUGUACAUGUUAGGCCACACUAAUUUAAUUUGUUGCUUCUCGGAUCGCCCUGUCCAUUUUUUUUCUGAUUUGAA